UGUUACGGCGUUAUGGCGCAUUGCGAGCACCCACAGUGGCAUACGAUUUGCAUAUCCAAAAUUACGGUUUUGCAAAUCCAACGAGAAACCGAUGAGAUUGCAAGAAUACUGUUCAUCCAUUUACUCAUUUGUCAAUCGAAGGAGAGGCAAAAUGUCAACAUCGGUUCC